AUGAGCGAAAAACCCAAAGAACCCGCACCCGGAGACGGAAUCCGGUCCAUGCGUUCUACGAACGUUUUCCGAGCCAUUAAUUUCGAACUGUACGCUAAACCUAAUGUCGUUGUAAUGGGAAUCGGACUCGUUUGCCUUGGUAUUACGUUCGGCUACAUUGCCUACAUGCGGUCAAAGUACGAAGGUUUAGGAUACUACACAGCAGUGCAGGAAGAUGGAAAGGAAGUGUUUGUAAAGCGGAAAUCCAAAUGGGAAUAA